AUGAUACCUGUGCAGGCGCCAGGGAUUCCGGUGCUGCCCCUGCCACCACCACUGCUGAUGCUGUCCUGUCUGCUGCUGUUGCUAUCACCAACUGCACAGGGAGACUGCGGCCCGCCUCCAGACAUUCCUAAUGCCACCCCAGACUUGAGUAGACACACCACAUUUGCCAAGAACACCAAGGUGACAUAUUCAUGUAAUAAGGGCUAUAAACAAAUUCCAGGGAAGUCAGACAUAGUGGUCUGUCUCGGAACUGGAGAAUGGUCUGGCAACGAAACAUUCUGUAAUAAAACAUGUAAUGCUCCAGAAAGGGUGAAUUUUGCAACUCUCAAAAAAGAGUAUAUCAGUGAGAGCUUUUUCCCAAUUGGUACCACUGUGGAAUAUAAGUGUCGGCCAGGAUUUCUAAAAGUCCCUUCAGUCUCAGCAAAAUCAACUUGCCUUGAGGAAUUAGUAUGGUCUCCAGUUGCUGAAUUUUGUAAAAGAAAAAAAUGUCGUAAUCCUGGAGAACUGCAAAAUGGUCACAUCACAGUAUCAACUGACAUUACAUUUGGUUCAAAAAUAAGCUUCUCAUGUCACGAAGGGUACAAGCUAGUUGGUGUAACCUCCACUUUCUGUAUUCUUUCGGGAGGAAGAAAUCCAAAAAAUCCUACUGUUGACUGGCAGGAUGCAUUUCCAAUAUGCACAGAUAUUCUUUGUGAAGACCCACCAAAAAUCGAGAAUGGAACACUUCAGUGGGAACGUGAGUUGUAUAAAUUCAGUGACUCAGUCUCCUAUUCAUGUGAUAAAGGCUUCAUUCUGGUUGGAAAUACUAGCAUUUUUUGUACUGUGAAGUCUGAAUAUGGAGAGUGGAGUGAUCCACCACCCGAGUGUAUAGAGAAAUCCAAGAUCACAACUAAGAAACCAACAGUUAAUGUUCCAAGAACAACGCCUCAGGAAUCCACUGUAGUUAAUGUUCCAAGCACAAGAAUCCCACCAACACCUCAGAAACCCACUACAGUUAUAGUUCCAGCAACACAGAAUGUACCUGCUAUGGAGACCACAGUACAGCAUCCAACAAGAACAUCUAAAGACAAAGAAGAGUCUAACUCAGGUGUUGACCGUUUUCUAUAUGGUAAGUUUGACUCAUGGAGAGUUAAAAGAAAUUGCCAUCACUGUGGGAAGCAUAGUCCAUAUUUCUGGAAGAGAAUCUUGUCUUAUAACUGUCUCAGGAAAACUUUCAAACUGCAGUGUUUAUGGGCACCUAAGGGAAGAUGGGUAAAUUCUUUUAAUUGGCUUGUUUUGUGGACACCAUUAGGCAUCCAAUACUCUCCUUCACAUUCCCAACAGUGCUGCUGUUCUAAGGUAGUCUUAGGACAGCUUCAGGUCAUUUGGCCAAUCAGUCAGGUAGCACUUAGUGCCCUCUGUGUCAAUAUGUCAUUCUAG